CAUUUGGGGUAAAUCUACCCCUCACGCCUCUUUACCUUCUCUCCCCCUUCCCCCCUCUAUAUAUAGCAAUCCCUUUCCCAACUUUGGCAUAUCCAUCAAUAUACGUACAUACCCCAUUUACACACAGGCAUUUAUAGAUACAGAGAGAGGAGAGAAGAGAAGAGAGAGAAGAGAGGAGUGAGAGGGCGAUAGAUUUGUUGUGGGUUUUUGAUCAGUCAAUUGGGUUUCUGGGUUUUGGGGGAAAACAAAAAAAUGGGGAGAGGGAAGAUUGAGAUCAAGAAAAUCGAGAAUGCAAACACAAGGCAAGUCACAUUCUCGAAGAGGCGAGUUGGGUUGCUGAAGAAGGCCAAGGAGCUCGCGAUCCUCUGCGACGCAGAAGUUGCCGUCAUCGUCUUCUCGAGUACUGGGAAGCUUUUCGAGUUUUCCAGUGCUGGCAUGAGGCAAACUAUUUCAAGAUAUAAUAAAGGUCUGGAUUCAUCAGAGUCUGCUUUGGUAGAGAAUUCAUCAGAGGCAGCUUUAGUAGAGAUCAAACCAGAGACACAAGAGUCAAAGGAGGUGGACAUUCUGAAAGAGGAAAUUGCAAAGCUCAAGGCGAAGCAAAUGCAGCUCUUGGGCAAGGAUCUUACUGGCAUGAGCAUGAAAGAACUGCAGCACCUAGAAGAGAUACUAAAUGGAGGAUUAUUAUCUGUGAAGGAAAGAAGGGAGCAAAUACUUAUGGACCAGCUAGAACAAUCAAGAGUUCAGGAGCAGCGGGCUAUGCUGGAGAAUGAGACUUUACGCAGACAGGUUCAGGAGCUUCGAGGUUUCCUUCCAUCAAGCGAACACUCUGCCCGGACGCCUUACCUUGAACUCUAUCCUGAGGAAAGAAUUAAUUCCUUUGUUAAACAUGGUCCUGGGAGUCCGGACAUUGUCCACACUUGUGCCGUUGAUCUGCAAUUGGGGCUACCUUCAUCCGAAGUUUGUCCCAAAAGGGAGGUUUGUCGCAAGAGGAAGGCACCAGAGAAGGAAGAUUGUUCCAGCAACUCCGGGAGUCAAAUGAGCCUACUGUGAUCGCUUUAUUCCCCAGUUCUCUCCUCUUAGGUGAUUUACAACAAACUGAAUAGCAACAACUGGACUACUUUAUUCAAGUUUAGCAGUUUUGGUCCAAGAAUCGGUUUAGGCAUCCAUAGUUACAACCUUUUGCUGGCUUCUAUGGCACCAAAGGUCAAGCAUUGAGUAUAUAAAGAGAGACUGUAUGGUGUGGUGGCUUUAAGGCCAAACUCAUGAAAUUGCCGAUGUAACUGGAUAUGAAAAAAAAUUAGCAGAUGCAGUUGGGUUUUAUGCAUUUUCAAAGCGUUGAGUUAAAUUUUUCUACUGAGUAAUCAAUUAAACACACACACAAAAUGAUUGAUAGUUAGCUACAAUCUUUACAUUGAAAGAACACAAUCAGCACAGAAUUCAGUCACCAAUAUCACUGUUCCAUGUCUCAAUACGAACCCUAGGCCACACGAUCGUGCCUCAAAGUCCAUGUAUCGGACAUGAAGAUUUGGAGACAGAGACACCAUUAAUAUACAAACACAAAUCAUCUGUUGUUGUUACCCUAUUCAAAUAAAUUUUAUACACAGUUUUUUUUUUUUUUUUUUGGGCAAGUGGUUAUAUAUGCAGUUGUUGCUAUGGCUUCAUCUGUCGGAGACCGUCAAGCAACUCAAUUCUCCCGGCCAUAAUCUCCGAAAACAAACCAUCCGCUCUCGUCCCUAUACCAUCCAGCAGCUUCUCCAUUGCCUCCAAUUUCCCUUCCAAAUUUUUUCCUGCUUCGCCGUAAUUUUCUCCCACGGCUACCGCUGCAACAAGAUAAACCACACAAUCAUUCACUUCUCUCACCUCCUUUGCUGCCCCAUUCUUCUCCAUCGCCGCCAUUGCUGAAGGGCUAAGGAACCCUCUGCACAGUUUUUCCAUCUCCAAGCACGGUCUUGUAUCACCAGAUAAUCCUAGCAACACAAUUCCGCACACCCAAUACCCAUUUCUCUUCAUGACCAUCAAGGCUUCACCGAAAAGCCAUUUCUUAUCCCCACAGCAGAGCCUCUUCUCUUCUCCCCCUUCCUUUUCUUCCACUUUUAUCUCCUUGUUUAGAUUCUUGAUCAACCGAACUGCUUUUAACCUCUCCAUCGCCGAUUCAGGCGAGCCAUCGAUAAGG